UCUAAAACCACUCUGUGUGGGGAGCAUGAGAGCCAGACCAAAGCUGAAAGGAACCAACCUGGACCUCCACCCAGCUGUGUGUCCUUAAAGAGUGACCGGUCUAAUGAACAUUUAAUUAAUUUUAAAGACCAGCAGGUGUCUGCUGCAGAGAGGAUCCUUCAGAAACUCAAAACUGAACCUGGACCCAGCUGUGUGUCCUUAAGGAGUGACUGGUCUAAAAGUCAACCAAUUGAUUUUAAACUCCAGCAGGAAUCUGCUGCAGAGAGAGUGGACCAGGAGACCUCGGAGGUUCCCAGGGAUCAGUCUGCCCAACAGCAUCAAACACACCUGGACUCCAUAUUUAUGCUGCUGGAGGACAACAUCAUCACUUUUGUGAAGAACGAGCUGCAGAAGAUCCAUAAGGUUCUGAGUCCAGAUUACCCAGAAUGCUUAGAGAGUCAGAGGGAGGAGGAUGAACAGAGGAGGAGCAGCAGAGAGGCAUUUGUGAAGAUCACAGUGGACUUCCUGAGGAGAAUGAAGCAGGAGGAGCUGGCUGACCAUCUGCAGAGAAAAAGCCUUGCUGAAGAUUGUCAUUGUAAACUCAAAUCUACUCUGAAGAAGAAGUUCCAGUGUGUGUUUGAGGGGAUCGCUAAAGCAGGAAACCCAACCCUUCUGAAUCAGAUCUACACAGAGCUCUACAUCACAGAGGGAGGGACUGCAGAGGUCAAUGAUGAACAUGAGGUCAGACAGAUUGAAACAGCAUCCAGGAAACCAGACAGACCAGAAACAACAAUCAGACAAGAAGACAUCUUUAAAGGCUCACCUGGAAGAGAUGAACCAAUCAGAACAGUGCUGACAAAGGGAGUGGCUGGCAUUGGGAAAACAGUCUUAACACAGAAAUACAGCCUGGACUGGGCUGAAGACAAAGCCAACCAGGACUUCCGGUUCAUAUUUCCAUUCACUUUCAGAGAGUUGAAUGUGCUGAAAGAGGAAAAGAUCAGCUUGGUGGAACUUGUUCAUCACUUCUUUACUGAAACCAAAGAAGCAGGAAUCUGCAGGCUUGAAGACUUCCAGGUUCUGUUCAUCUUUGAUGGUCUGGAUGAGUGUCGACUUCCUCUGGACUUCCACAAAACUACAAUCCUAACUGACCCUAGAAAGUCCACCUCAGUGGAUGUGUUGCUGACAAACCUCAUCAGGGGGAAACUGCUUCCAUCUGCUCGCCUCUGGAUAACCACACGUCCUGCAGCAGCCAAUCAGAUCCCUCCACAGUGUGUUGACAUCCUGACAGAGGUCAGAGGGUUCACUGACCCACAGAAGGAGGAGUACUUCAGGAAGAGAUUUAGCGAUGAGGAGCAGGCCAGCAAGAUCAUCUCCCACAUCAAGACAUCACGAAGCCUCCACAUCAUGUGCCACAUCCCAGUCUUCUGCUGGAUCACUGCUACAGUUCUGGAGGAUGUGCUGAAAACCAGAGAGGGAGGACAGCUGCCCAAGACCCUGACUGAGAUGUCCAUCCACUUCCUGGUGGUUCAGGCCAAAGUGAAGAAGGCCAAGUAUGAUGGAGGAGCUGAGACAGAUCCACACUGGAGUCCAGAGAGCAGGAAGAUGAUUGAGUCUCUGGGAAAACUGGCUUUUGAUCAGCUGCAGAAAGGAAACCUGAUGUUCUAUGAAUCAAACCUGACAGAGUGUGGCAUCGAUAUCAGAGCAGCCUCAGUGUACUCAGGAGUGUUCACACAGAUCUUUAAAGAGGAUAGAGGACUGUACCAGGACAAGGUCUACUGCUUCAUCCAUCUGAGUGUUCAGGAGUUUCUGGCUGCUCUUCAUGUCCACCUGACCUUCAUCAACUCUGGACUCAAUCUGCUGGAAGAACAACAAACAACCUCCAAGAAGUCAAAUAUAUUUGGGAAAAAAAGAAAUUUUAAAACUUUCUACCAGAGUGCUGUGGACAAGGCCUUACAGAGUCCAUAUGGACACCUGGACUUGUUCCUCCGCUUCCUCCUGGGUCUUUCACUGCAAACCAAUCAGACUCUCCUACGGGGCCUGCUGACACAGACAGGAAGUAACUCAUGGAUCAAUCAGAAAACACUCCAGUACAUCAAGAAGAAGCUCAGUGAGAAACUGAGUGCAGAGAAGACCAUCAAUUUGUUCCACUGUCUGAAUGAACUGAAUGAUCGUUCUCUAGUGGAGGAGAUCCAACAGUCCCUGAGUUCAGGAAGUCUCUCCACAGAUAAACUUUCUCCUGCUCAGUGCUCAGCUCUGGUUUUCAUUUUACUGUCAUCAGAAAAAGAUCUGGAUGUGUUUGAGCUGAAGAAAUUCUCUGCUUCAGAGGAGGCUCUUCUGAGGCUGCUGCCAGUGGUCAAAGCCUCCAACAAAGCUCUACUGAGUGUUUAUAACCUGUCAGAGACAAGCUGUGAAGCUCUGUCCUCAGUCCUCAGCUCCCAGUCAUCUAGUUUGAGAGAGCUGGAUGCAAGCAACAACAACCUGCAGGAUUCAGGAGUGAAGCUUCUUUCUGUUGGACUACAGAGUCAACAUUGUACACUGGAAACUUUGAGACUGAUUGGCUGUAACCUCACAAAGAAAAGCUGUGAAAGUCUGUCUUCAAUCCUUAGCUCCCAGCCCUGCAGUCUAAGAGUGCUGGAUCUGAGUGAUAACAACCUGCAUGACUCAGGAGUGGAGAUUCUGUCUGCUGGAGUGAGAAGUCCAUACUGUAAACUAGAAAUUCUCAGGGUGGAGCCUGCUGGAGUCCGAUGGUUGAGACCAGGUCUGAGGAAGUAUUCCUGUCAACUCACAAUCGACACAAACACAGUAAAUAAAAACCUCAAAGUGUCUGACAACAACAGGAAGGUGACACAUGCUGAGGAGGUUCAGUCAUAUCCUGAUCAUCCAGACAGAUUUGAUGUUUAUGAACAGCUGCUGUGUAGAGAUGGUCUGACUGGUCGCUGUUACUGGGAGGUCGAGUGGACAGGAGACGUUGAGAUAUCAGUGAGUUCCAGAAAAAUCAGAAGGAAAGGAGACAGUACUGACUGUUUGUUUGGAUGGAAUGAUCAGUCCUGGAGUCUCAUCUGCUCUGGUGAUCGUCCUCGUUCUGUCAGGCAAAAUAAGACAGAAAAAUCCAUCUCCUCCUCCUCCUACUCUGUCUGUAACAGAGUAGCAGUGUAUGUGAACUGUCCUGCUGGCACUCUGUCCUUCUACAGAGUCUCCUCUGACACUCUGAUCCACCUCCACACCGUCAACACCACAUUCACUGAAACUCUCUAUCCUGGGUUUUGGUUCAGGUCUCCUGGUUCGUCAGUGUGUCUGUGCUGAGUUGAAUGUAAAGAAAGUCCUCCUGUUGGAGAAACACUCUGACUGUUGAGUAGAAAAGGGCGUGUGCAAACAGUGUGUAACUAUUGCAGUGUUUACAGUGUGUUAGAUGGAGGAGUUGUACAGGGAGAUGGCCGCGGGCAGGAAUGAUUUCCUGUGUCGUUCAGUGGUGCUUUUCUCACUGAACAUGCUCCUGUGAGUAGCCAGCAUGUCAUGGAGUGGGUGGGAGGUAUUAUCCAACAUUGUUUUUAUCUUGGACAACAUCUGCCUCUCAGACACCACCCUAAGGGAGUCCAGCUCCAUCCACACAACAUUACUGACCUCAAC